AUGGAAGAGUACUUCCUUGGAAGAUUCCCGACUGCUGCACCACCAGUCACAAGCUUUCGAGAUGAUAAGCCAUCUCUUUUAAUAUCAUGGUGGUGUACAUUGUACUCUCUGGCAAUAAUUAUAUUUCGGAUAAUGGGCCGCUAUAUUCGCACCGAAAAGAUAUUUCUCGACGAUCAGGUUAUGGUCCUUUCAAUUAUACCUCUGCUCUCCCGAAUGGCCCUGGAGACUGUCGUUAUUAUACAUGGAACAAACAAUGUUGAAAUAACUAGUCUCACGCCAACACAAAUUCAUGGACGUGAGCUUGGUAGUAAAAUGGUUCUCGUAUCCCGUAUCUUAUAUGCAAUAUUUCUUUGGACCAUCAAAUAUUCUAUUUCCAUAUUUUUACAGACUCUCACUGCCCCCAUCUGGAAACGAUCGCAUCAAAUUCAAUUGCGUUAUCUACAUGUUUUUCUCGUUGUAACAUUUCUGAUGACCAUAGUGGCGACGUUAGCUCCCUGCCAGCCAUUCACACAAUUCUGGCAAGUUGUACCUGACCCUGGAUCCUCUUGUCGCCAAAAUUUUGCGCAAAUAUUUACACUAGGAGGCUUAAAUAUCGUAACAAAUAUUGUGUUGGUUGUCUUCCCUUUUCCAAUUGUCUUGAUGAGUGGACUACCUAUGAAACAAAAAUCAACGAUUCUCUUCCGCCUUUCUCUUCCGGUCUUUCCUAUCUUUCUCACCAUCUAUGCAAUCAUCCACCUAACUAGACCGCAAGCCUCAGCCACAAGCCAGAUAAUUCGUACCCUUUAUAUCUCGAUCGAUAUGCUCCUUACUACUCUUAGUGCUAAUGCAGUUGUUCUAUUCUCCCUUUUGCAGGACAAGGGGUACAAAAAGUCUAAGUUUAAACAUGUGCGCGAGCCUUGGAAUUUUAAGCGGCCUGCCCGGGUACUGCGUGCUUCAUAUCUUUCCGGAAGCGUUGUUGAAUCGGCAGUUCCUGUAGCAAACCACAUGGAGCUAUGUGAUGCUGGAGGCUUGCUAAAUGAAGUUGUCAUUGGUGCUAGCCAGGAUGAUAAUGAAGACGAUUAUAAACGAAAGUCAGAAUCAGGUCUAAAUGACAUUCCAAAGCGAGAAAUACGGAAAUGUAACGAAUGGAAAUCGCUUUUCUCAUCGACGGCAGUUUGCGCCUGGCCAAAAGAAAAAGAAAGAAUUGCUCGUCCAGAUCGAAGACAAGAUCGUAAAGUGACGCGGAACAUAUUUUCCAAACAAAGUAAAAUAGAGACUUGGAAAAACGAGAAACGAAAUUGGGGAAGGGUAAGCUUAAGAUCGAAUAACCGAGAUAAUCAAGGCAAGCUCGAGAUUUCGUCCCUACCACCUGUACCUUUCAGUGAUACGGGAGGAGUAGAUGAGGGCAAUCAAAAAAGAAGAAUAUGA